AUGAGUAUUUAAACCACACUUUAAAGUACAUAAGAAGAAUUAACAAAAUUAUAAAAACUUAUCUAAGAACUCUCAGAAAAAGGCAAUCUGGAUGAAAUAACAUAAGGUAUGACUUAAAAAGAAUAAAUUGAAUUUAAUUUAAACUUAGCUUAUACUCUAUCUUCAAUCUAUUAUUGUAAAUAAAUAUCUUAUUAUUUAGCAUAUCUAAAAUUAAACUCAGUUGAAACUUCCACCCAUCCAAUCAUGAAUGAAUUAACAAGAAUAUAAGAGGCUUUCUAAAAAUAUAUGCCCUCACAAAUUAAACAAAAUGAUUAGAAAUAAAUGAGUUUGGAUAAGGAAGCAGCAAAACGACUUAUAUAACCAAAUUUAAAGACCUUAGAUGAUAAUUCUAAUUAUUAACAUAAACAAAAAAAAUUAAUAGAAGAAGAUAGAAAUAACACUACUAGGUUUGAAUAACCUAUGGAUAUAUGGAAGAAUGAUAAGGAUUAAUAAGAUCAAAAUAAACAAAAAUUAAUUAGAGGAAAUCUUAUUCCUCAAACAGGUCAUUUGAAAUGGAAAGAUUAGAUUGAAAAAUUAAUGAAAAAAUGA